CUCCCGCCCCCUGAUUGGGUUACAGGGGCAUCUCCCGCCCCCUGAUUGGGUUACAGGGGCAUCUCCCGCCCCCUGAUUGGGUUGCAGGUGCAUCUCCCUCCCCCUGAUUGGGUUACAGGGGCAUCUCCCGCCCCCUGAUUGGGUUACAGGUGCAUCUCCCGCCCCCUGAUUGGGUUACAGGGGCAUCUGCCGCCCCCUGAUUGGGUUACAGGGGCAUCUCCCGCCCCCUGAUUGGGUUACAGGUGCAUCUCCCGCCCCCUGAUUGGUAGACGGUUACAGUAGGGUUGAGGUGUGGACACAAAUUCACUUUCUUUCAGAUUAUUUGUCUGAAUCUUAGCAUUUGAAAAUUGGUACCAGUGUCAUGUACAUUUCUAAUUUAACAGUCAUUUAUCCUCUUAUUACCUUUUAAAAUUCAAAUGCUUCCAAAUUAUUGUAAUUCUCAGAAUCAUAAAAGGUCAUUGUUAUGGAGUACAGCCAUUAUAUCGGGUCUGGACCUCGGCCAAUGUGGACGCACCCCAUCGAUUUGCCCAGCCAAUGUUCUGCAGGAGGAAUGUGCUCAUGAGCCAUAUCCAGGAAGCGGCUGUUGCCAUGGUCACCAGCGCACAGGAACAUCUGGAAGUGGCAGCGCGUAGGAACAUCUGGAAGUUGUGCGUGUGCGCUUUGUGUGUCCCGGCGGAAGCGUUCGGCAUCCUUGGGGCGAGGGCCUGUUAUAGAUGUACUCCUUUUCUGAAUGAACUUUUCUCUGACGUCCCCGGCAGGGCGGAGCGGGCCUGGGAAAUGAAACCCUGCCCCUGUCGCAGAAGCUUGUAUCCUCUUAACGCCUGAAAAUCUGGUGAAUUGCUGUUAUUAAACAGGUUAUAGCAUUCAGUUUUUCCACAUUUUACUCCCAUCAGUCAGCUCUGUGUAAACCUGGAUAGAAGUACCCCUGCUCUGCACUGCAGCCCUUGCACUGAGGGUCUUGGCCCUGAGGGGUGGCCUGUGGCGUAGUGGUUAAGCGUCUGUAGAUGAGACCUCCUCCAGCGCCUCCUGCUCCACCGAGCCACAAACCCGCCUCAGCCGCUCCGCACAGUCGGGGAGGCAGAGGAAGAAGGCUGUGAUGAUGCCGCGUGUGGUUCUCACCCCCCUCAAGGUGAACGGGGAGCACGUACCUUCAGGAACUGUGAAGCGUAGCCGGGGGGUGGAGGUGGACUUUGAGACGCCGGGGUCCAUCCUGGUCAACACCAACAUCCGCGCCCUCAUCAACAUGCGCACCUUCUCUGCCUUUCCCCCUGUCUCCCAGCAACAGCUCCUCCACCUGCUGCCCGAGGUGGACCGCCAGGUGGGCGCUGACGGUAUGGCUCGUCUCAGCAGCUCUGCGCUUAACAAUGAGUUCUUCACGCACGCCUCUCAGAGCUGGAAGGAGAGACUGGCAGAAGGCGAGUUCACCCACGAGAUGCAGGCCCGCUUCCGGCAGGAGAUGGAGAAGGAGAAGAAAGUGGAGGCGUGGAAGGAGAAGUUCUUUGAAGAAUACCAUGGCCAAAGGUCGGGUCUGACGCGUGAGGAGUCCCUGAAGCUGACGGUGGGCGACGGCGGGGAGGCUGUGCUGCACGGAGAGGCCGCUGUGGCUGUGCCUGGCGCGGCGGGGCCGGCCGUGGCCCCGAAGCGGCGCAGCGUGGGCCGGCGGCGGCGGGACGGGCGCAUGCGGCGCCGGUCUCAGGCGGACCUGCGACGCCGGGCCAGACGCACGCUGUGCAAGCCCCCGCUGGCCCCUCUGCCCGAGCCCGUCGACAAGCAGCCGCCCCCCCUGGACACGCCGGCCGCGCCCGCCACCCCGCCGCCCGCCUCCUCCCCCCCGCCCCCGGGGGAGCCCGUCCCCCCCGGCCCCGCCUCCCAGCCCCUCCCCGGCCCCGCGCCCAGCCCCGCCCCCUCCCCCGCGGCGCCGGAGCCCGAGCCCGAGGCCUCGCCCCGGCUGCUCCCCGAGACGCCCGUCCCCGCCGCCUCCUCCUCCUCCUCCUCUUCCUCGCCCUCCUCCUCCCCCUCCUCCUCCUCCGACCGGCAGGGCGUUUUCGUGCCCAGCUCCGACCCGCCCUCCGCCGGCGCCUCUCUCGCCGACCCGCUGGACCAGGAGGCGUCCGUCUCCACGGCCGCGGGCAGCCCCGCCCUCAGCCCCGCCCCCAGCCCCGCCCUCAGCCCCGCGCCCAGCCCCAGCCCCGCCCCCAGCCCCGCCCAGGCCAAGGACCAGAAGAGGAAGGGGGAGGAGCCACACACCUUCACCUGCUUCCCCGAGAAGAGGCCGCGGGUGGAUGAUUGUCAGUCCUUUCGUAACACAGUUGACUGUGUUCACUCCGAAAAGCCACAGCCCGCCACGGAGGAGCCUAAGGUCCCGCCUAUCCGGAUCCAGCUCUCCCGAAUCAAGCCCCCCUGGGUUAAGGGGCCGCCAACCUACCAGAUCUGCCCCCGCAUCGUGCCCCCGGGGGAGGGCUCCCGGCGGGGCGGCACCGGGGCGCGGACCCUGGCCGACAUCAAGGCGCGGGCGCAGCAGGCGAGGGCCCAGCGCGAGGCCGCUGCUGCUGUUGCAGCCACUGGAGACGGGGCGGGGCCCGGCGGGGGCGGGGCGGGCCCGGGGGGUGGGGGCGGUGCUGCAGUACCGGAUCGCGGCGGCGGGAGGCGCUCCCGGGAGCACCCGGGCCCCGUCGAGCCGGGAGGAGAGCGGCCGGCCCCGGGACCUGCUGCGGAGCCUCAUCAGCCAGGAGCACAACUACUGCUGCCCCACGUAGAGCCCGCCCGGCCGCCGGGCCCCGAGGACGCGCAGGGCUCCGCGCCUCCCUCCCCGCCGCCGCCUCCUCCUCCUCCUCUGGCGGGCGGGCGGUCGGAGGAGGCCCCCGUGGAGGCUGAGCCCGGCCCCGCCCCGUCGGACCCCGCCCCGCCCGUCGCCAUGGACACGGAGCCCGCCGCGCCGUCGGAGAAGUGGCGCCACGACGCGGCGGCCCCGGAUCGGCCGGCCUCGCCCCGCGCCCUCCCCCCGGCUGCAGACGGGGGCGGCUCCCCGGCCCCCGCGGCCACGCCCGACCCCCUCCCUCAGCUCGAGGCGGACGCCGUCAGGAACCCCGCCGCGCCCGCCCAGAUGCCGGAGGGGGAGCCGGCCGUGGCCCCGGGCGUGGCACAGGGCACGGACUCCCGCAGGGUGGCUGUGGCCCCCGGCAGCCCGCCGGUGAGGGCCGGGGCGAGCGAUGACGAGGGGGACCGGCCCAGCGCCGGGGGGCGCUCCCUGGGCCGGCCGGAGGAGGACACGGGCGCCCACAGCGACUCCACCGAGACCGCCUCCGACUUCGAGAACGAGGGGUCGGAGGAGGGCCCCUGUGGCUGGGGGCCCGAGUCGGACUCCACGGGCGUCGGCCUCUGCACCCCGAGCGUCAUCCAGGUGUGCGCGCCCGAUAGGGCCAGCCACCGGCCGCUCGGCCACGCCUCCCAGAGCCAGUCCGUCAUCCACACCCACGUCACCCACGCUGUGCACAGCCAGCCGGUCAUCCAGGCCUGCCCGCCCAGCGCCCUCCAGAACCAGCCCAUCCUCCAGGCCUGCCCACCCAACGCCCUCCAGAACCAGCCCAUCCUCCAGAACCAGCCCAUCCUCCAGGCCUGUCCCCCCAACGCCCUCAAGAACCAGCCCAUCCUCCAGGCCUGCCCACCCAACGCCCUCCAGAACCAGCCCAUCCUCCAGAACCAGCCCAUCCUCCAGGCCUGUCCCCCCAACGCCCUCCAGAACCAGCCCAUCCUCCAGACUCCGCCCCCCAGCGCGCCACACAACCAGCCCGUCAUACAGACGCCCGCCGCAAACGCCUCGCAGAACCAGCCAAUCAUACAGUCUCUUCCCUCGAGCGUUUCCCACAACCAGCCAAUCAGGCAAACGCUUGCCUCGAACGCUCCCCAGAACCAGCCAAUCAUUCAGUCUCUUCCCUCGACUGCUCCUCAGAAUCAGCCAAUCAUCCAGCCUCCUCCCUCCGGCGUGCCCCAGAACCAGCCAAUCAUCCAGUCUCGCCCGUCGAGCGCUCCCCACCCCGCGGUCCCGCCCCAGGCGGGCGUGGCAGCCCUGCCCCUGCAGGCGGAGCGGGAGAAGCCCUGCAUGGGCGCCCCCAGGGGCCUGAAGGAGGCCGGCGCGUCGGCCAAACCCGAGCCGGAUCCGCUCCGGAUCCCCGGCAAGCCCGUCGCCGCGGACGACUGCCGCGCCCCGCCGAAGCUGCCCUCCUCCACCCCGCCCCGGAGGGGCCAGGGCCCGGCGCGGCCCGUGUCCUCGGUGGAGGCCAACAACCCGCUGGUCACGCAGCUGCUGCAGGGCAGCCUGCCGCUGGAGAAGGUCCUGCCCCCGCCCCACUCCGCCAGCAAGCUGGAGAUCAACCGCCUGCCGCCCCAGGGGCCCGGGCCCCGGGGCCACGCCCCGCCGCCCCGCUUCAGGAGCCCCUCGGAGGCAUGCGGGCCCCUGGAGCCGGCGGAGUUCUCGGCGCCGGGCCACCCCAAGCUGCCGGGCGUGGCGCGCUCCUCCCCCACGGCGGCGCGGGGCCUGGGGCCCGAGGGCCGGCCGGCGUGCCUGUACGAGGAGGCCUCGUCCCGCGUGGCCGCCGUGCAGCACUUCCUGUCCCAGCAGGGCGGCGUGGCCCCGGGCGCCGUGCCCGUCAUCACCUCCCUGGCCUCCCGCCGGCCGGCCGACCUCAGCCAGACCGGCGGCCCCGUCUCCCGGGAGCACCCCGGCGCCCAGCCGCCCCCGGGCAGCGCCCCCGAACGGGCCCCGGGCGGCGCGGGGCCCCUGGCUCACUGCCGGACCACGCCCGACGCCCCCUCCCCGCCGCACGGUGACCUGUGCCCCUCCGAGGUCGUUCCCACCGUCAAAAUAAACUGGCGGCCCAAGCCCCGCCCCCAGCUGUCCCCCGCCCCGCCGGCGGUGAAGAGUGAGGCGCCCCGCCCCCCCUGCCAAGCGCUCGCCAAAACCCCCCUGGGCCCCUUCGGGGGCGUCUCCAAAAAGGAGGCGCAGGACGGCUUCCUGUCGGUGGGGGCGGGCGGCGGGGCCAUGGAGGGCCUGCUCAACAUGGAGAUGUCUCUGCUCCGCAUGGCCAAAAAGGAGCAGGGCAAGGCGUACUCGCGCCCGGGGGACUCCUCCUCCUCCUCCCCCUCCCCUUCCUCCUCCUCCUCCUCCUCCUCUUCCUCCUCCUCCUCCUCCUCCCUGCCGUUCCAGGUGAGCCUGCAGCAGCAGCUGUACGGGAAGCUGCCCAAGCUGCAGGCGGGCGGGGCCGGGGCGGGCGGGGCGGGCGCGGGGUUCAGCUACACGGCCAACGUGUCGGUGGUGGACAGCAGCGGCUUCUCGCGGAACAUUGCGGACGGCGUGCUGCAGCUGAGGCAGGGCGGCGGCCGGCAGAGCGCGGCGCUCAGCAUCCAGGCCUUCGCCGACAGCGCCGCCGAGGAGGUGGCCUUCAAGUGCUCCUGCCGCCUCAAGGCCAUGAUCAUGUGCCAGGGCUGCGGAGCCUUCUGCCACGACGACUGCAUCGGGCCCUCCAAACUCUGCGUGUCCUGCCUGGUGGUCAGAUAGUAGCGCCCCCCGACCCCGGCGCCGUGGACACU